ACGCACCGGUGUGUAGAUUGUAGGUUGCUUGCUGCACCACAGCACGGUACAGGUAUAGUAUAUCUAUAGAGUAGUUGAAAUAUGGUUGUUUCUGUCUCGCUAACGAGCGAUUGUGCGACGUAGACAAGGACGAAAGAGUGGAGCCUCGCGUCACUGAGCAAACAAGCCUCGAGACAGGCAGCGAGCGACGAGUCGGACUGAACAAACCAGCGGGCGCCAUUACUCUCCAAGUGUCUGUGAACGUGACUGUGUCUGCUAUUCGCUCGUUUUUCCCUUCGUCGAUCGUAUUAGGACGUCGGUACUGCGCAGUGUGAGGUUUCUAUCAACAAGGAAAUUAGUGACUGGAGCUGAACGAGUUCUUUGAGUUCGCCACGACAUGGGGGCGAGGUCCCGGGAGUUGGUACUGCUGCUAGCAGUAUGCGCGCUUGCACUCGGUGCCACUACAAAGUCUACGAAAAAAGUUAACGAGACUGAUGAAUUCCUUGACCAGUAUUUAGACUACGAUGCUGACCAAGAGGUACUCUUCAACGAAGACACACCCUGCCCAAGAGACUGCAUUUGCACUUUAUCCCAAGGAUACAGAAUGGCCAGAUGCAACCGCUUGGAAAUAGGAACUCAGAAGUUCGGCGCCGACAUCACAGAUCUGGUGGUCGAAAACUCUGACCCAGAGUUCCCUAUUCAGCUCACCGAGAACAUAUUCAUCACUCUCGGCCUCCACAAGGUCUCCACGAUCAAAAUCGUGAACAGUCCUAUCGACUACAUCGACCGCACUGCUUUCCAUGGACUUAAGGACUUGUACUCUUUGACGUUAACCAACAAUCAGCUGAAAGGAAUACACCCGGAGACUUUCAUUCAUAACAGCAAACUCUUGAUCCUCACUCUUUCUGAAAAUCCGAUAAAACUCCCCGCAGCGGGUUCUGAAGAUAUCUUCUUAAACGCGUCCUCUGUACAGGAGCUCAGCCUGUCCAACUGCAACCUGCAAUAUCUUGGCACCAACACCUUCAGACGCAUGCCCACGCUGAUGUACCUCGACCUAUCCAAGAACGAAAUAGUUGGAUUGCAUCCGGAUAUCUUCAAGAACCUCUUAGAUCUAGAGGAGCUGGAUCUCAGUGACAACAAGAUCAAGAGUCUCCCAAGCGACAUAUUCGCUGAGAACACAGAACUGGCUACUCUUCAUAUUGACAGAAACCCUAUCGACACAGUCUAUGGAUUGAACAUGUCUUCGCUGUUGACGCUAACUGCAGCUAAAACUAAUAUAAGAUUAGUUGGUCCAUCCAUAUUCAACGGAGUCACCUUCAUGGCUAAUCUUAACCUCAGCGGAAACAAUAUUGAGAAAAUCCAUAACCAAGCCUUCCAUAAACUGAAUGACCUUAACUACUUAGACCUUUCUUAUAACAACCUCACUUUCAUAUCCAAUGAACUUAUCAAAGAAAACAUUGAGUUGGACGUUUUUAAAAUCUCUAACAACCCUGAACUAAAACAUUUGCCAGUAGAAGGAUUCAACAGCUCUGUUGAAGUAUUCAACAUUUACACCUUCGACGCCUCUAACUGCGGACUUGAAGAAAUUUUCGACAAUUCGCUAAAAACAUUCACUGCUUUGACAUCAGUAUAUUUGUCUGGAAAUAAAAUUAAGUACAUAAGUAACAAAGCUUUUGCAGAGUGCCCUAGACUAGUAGAAAUCGACCUAUCAUACAAUUUGAUAACAGAAUUGAACGGUAAAGUGUUCCGUAACAAUGUUUUACUAAGCAAACUCUACCUGCAAGGCAACCCACUGAAAGUGCUGUCCGCUGAAAUAUUCACACACACACCAGACUUGACUUUCCUGGACAUCAGCAACGGUGCGUUGACAACGCUGUGGAAAGAACAAAACAGCUUGCCAAAGACCUUAUUGAAUAAUUUGACGUUCCUUAAUGUAUCCAGAAACCGCAUUAGUGAAAUUAAAGAAAAAGAAAUCGCUACAUUCAACAAACUGCGUACUUUCGAUGUCAGAUACAAUCCCUUGACUUGCAGUCAUGAGUUUGAAAACUUUAUGAUUUGGUUGAAUAAGAAAAAUGUAUCACCUAACUCAGACACUGCGAGCAUCGCCAAUUUGGCGAAAGAUAGCAAAGACGACUCUACAACAUACAGCUGGGAAUUCCUAUCAAAGAAGGUGUGUGGAAACGUUAACUUUUUGCACCCUGUUGAACCAUUGCCUGAAGUUUCCGAUGAAGAAAUUUGGGAAAGAAUCGACAAAACUGCGGAGGGUGACUUCGAUUUGAAAAACACUUUGGGUGACGCUUCAAAUGCAAAUGAUGACGUGAAUGACAAUAAAUUAUCUUCAGGAAAGGUCUGGAAAUCUGAUGUUGAUAAAUUCGAAGAUGAUAAUGAUGCUGAUGAUGAAGCAGAUGAUGACGAGGAUGAGGACGAAGACGAUGAAGAUGAUGACAUCGACGGAGAGGAAGAAUACGAUGACGACGAUGCUGAUGAUGACGUCGACCUCAAGAUCAAGGUAAUCGAGAAAUCUACAGUGAAACCAGAAGUACCGAAAUUAGUAUCAAAGAUAGAAAAGGAAAAGAUCCAGAUCGGCGUCAAACUGUUAGAAAAUGAUAGUUUGUAUGACGAUAUGGAGCCUGAAGUGUACAUGAAGGCAUCUGUAAUGGAGGAAGAGGAGCACGGUCACUACGACUACUUGUGGCCGCUUUUGAUCUCCAUCCUGGGCGCGCUGCUGUUGCUCAUCGUGAUCGCCAAGGUCGUCAUGGUGGUGUGCAGCAAGAGGAACCAGCAGAUAAGAUACAAUAGUGCCAUAAUCGCUGCUAUGAGCCAAAGCCAGGGCCGCACAAAGAAGGACUGCGGUCUGGUGUACCAGCAGCUGUCCGAAGACUUAACGGGCCCGGCGACCCCGAAGCUCAACCGCUACCAGCCGCUGCACACCGUCACCGUCAAGGCCGCCAACGUCCAGUCGUACGAAAGCAGUCCCUUCCAUCACAGCAAUAUUGUGCCCGAAGCGGUGUGAACCACCACGGACAGUAUUGUAAGUUAGAAUUUACACGGAACUAACAACUGCCUUAACUUUUACAUAAGCAGUAAGGUGAUUGAAACGAGCGCUAGUCAUAGAACAAUACAAAUCGAAAAUAAUAACAAGAUCGAUCAAUUGAGUCUCAUGUUGUUUCACCAUAAGGGACCCGAUUGCUGCGUCUUGUCAUAGUACAGUGCCUUUAUCAGCUUCUCUCGAACAAUACGUUGACGUUUGCAUCUAGCGCUUUUUGAUUAAAAGUAACAAAAGUCAGAUUACAACAAAUUAAUUUAAGAUAUACAUAUUAUAUAUUAUACAAAUUAGUUGAUAGGUUAUUUUAUGUACUUAAAAUUAUUAAAAAUUAAACACUA